AUGGCAAGGGACCUCAGCGCAGGACACGGCAUCCUCAGCCUAACAACCGGGGAUAAAAUAGCAGUAACACUCACAGACGACCCUGCAACUUCGUACCCUGGAUCAGUAAAAAGUGUGAGAGGACGCCAAGUCGAGAUAGCGAUUAGCCCAGACUUUUUCAUGUACUACAACCCGCAAGAUACCGUAAACAUCAGGAAGCGCCUAAACAGAUACCUGUUCCAGGCCGCACACCGGGCCAUAAGCCAAACAAACAGGGUCAUCACAAAUUUCCUUUUUCCCACACCACGCCCACAAGAACCUCAUUCAGACCACCCUGCCGUCACAAAAUGGUACAACCAUAACGUGGGCAAUAACCCAGAACAAUCCGAUGCAAUUACAAAAAUUUUGUACCAACACCCUAAUGCGGCACCAUAUUUAAUGUGGGGCCCACCAGGGGCAAGGAAAAGUAGCACCCUUGUCGAGGCGGCUACUCAAAUUUGGGCAAAGAACGACACGACCAAAAUCCUCAUUUGCUCACCCUCAAACGCCGCCGUCGACUCACUAGUUUACGCACUCUUAAAAAACAUUCCACCAACAGACAUCCUAAGAAUCUACCCUACCUCCAAGGACACGCAGGACAUCAAAAAAGAAAUCAAGCCGUGCGUGUUCUUGGACAGAAACGGACACAUCAAGCAACCCCCACGCGAAACAAUGAGAAAUCAUAACAUCAUUGCAACAACCCUCACAGGCACCGGAAAACUAAUUACAGCAGGUUUCGGUCUGACAAGCCACUUCAACCACGUAUUCAUGGAUGAAUGCGGACGAGCCACGGAACAGGACUCACUCGUUCCCAUUGCGGGACUAUCGCAAACGAAAGUUAAACCCAAAUUCAUUCUCGCAGGUGACCCCGCCCAACUUGGACCAAUCUCAACAUCCGCACUCGCCUCACGCAUCGGCUACGGCAUUUCUCUGUUAGAGCGCUUAGCAAAAUUACCAGCAUACCAACCACAUCCUAUUACAAAAAAAUAUAACCCAACAAUGAUUACAAAAUUAAGCAGAAACUUCAGAUCUCACCCCUCAAUUUUGACCACCCCCAACCAACUUUUUUACAACAAUGAACUCCGGGCUCACGGUCCUCAAAACAUCAUAAACCUUGCCUGCGGUUGGCGAAAAUUGCCGAGCAAGCACGUCCCUAUCAUAAUCGACCCCCACAACGAACUCGAGGUCGAAUCAAAGGAUAAUUACGGUUUCAGCAACCCUUAUGAAGCUCAAAUAGGUAGUACUCAACUACAUGCGCGGCAUAAUAGAUUCCCAUUUCAACGGACACUCAGUAACGCAACACGACAUAGGUAUCGCCACCCCUUACCGCAACCAAGUAAAUCUGCUGCAAGCAUACCUCCGCCAGUGGCCCAACAUAAAAAUAGCCACAAUAGAUGA